AUGCGUAACGUGUUCAGGGUUAAGCCAAGGUUGUCAGAUCAAAUAAUGGGACCGUUGCCACCUGAUAGGAUUACCGCUUGUCAACGAGUAUUUUCGAUAGUGGGAAUUGAUUACGCUGGCCCUAUUGUUACGGUUGCGAGUAAGGGCCGAGGACAAAGAAGUCGCAAAUCAUAUAUUGCGUUGUUCAUAUGCUUUUCGACUAAAGCGGUUCAUUUAGAAGCAGUCAGUGAGUUGACAUCGAGUGCGUUCUUGGCUGCAUUGCGCUGCUUUGUGAGCAGACGAGGUUAUCCGCAAAAAAUUUAUAGCGACAAUGCCACUAAUUUCGUCGGCGCAAAAAGAGAGCUUGAGGAAUUGUAUCGGACAAUCAGAACGUUUUCCAAAUCGAUAGAGGAAUAUUGUACAUCACAAAGCAUAGAAUGGAAAUUUAUUCCCCCCACGCUGCGCCUCACAUGGGUGGUAUUUGGGAAGCAGGUCUCCGACUCGUGUAAAUACCAUUUAAAGAGAGUUGUUGGCGAAACGCGACUCGUUUUCGAGGAACUUAUGACGGUUUUAGCUCAAAUUGAAGCUUGCUUAAAUUCAAGACCGCUAUGUCAAUUGUCCUCUGAUCCUAACGACUUACAGGCUUUGACGCCUGCACAUUUUUUAAUAGGGGGACCGCUUAUUAGUCUGCCAGACAUCAAUGUAUUAGACGUCCCUAUUAACAGACUUGACAGAUGGCAAUUGACUCAGCGUAUAACUCAACAUUUUUUGGAAGCGAUGGAGUGUCGAAUAUUUAACGUCAUUGCAGGGCAAAUGCAAAUGGACGAUCGAAAGAGAAAAUCUAGCUGUUAA